AUGCGAGCACACGCGACAGAACGCGACAAUAUGCGAGCACACGCGAUAGAACGCGACAAUAUGCGAGCACACGCGACAGAACGCGACAAUAUGCGAGCACACGUGAUGAGACGCGAUAAUAAGCGAGCACACGCGGCAACUACAGUCGAAGAUCAUUCAGUAAUGCUCAGUAAAGUUGUCGGUUGGUCAAUCAACAAAUCGUCGAAAAUGUCGUUCUGGCACAUGUCGAAACUCUGGGAUCGUAUGAUGGAUGAAUACAUGAGAGAUAUGGCAAGGCAUGAUCGAGACUUUAAGCCAUAUUGGCGCGAUGCAGACCAUUCUAUACUUCAAGUGGCAAAUGACGCUCAUCAGGUAGUCAACGAUGACAAGAAGUUCGCUGUCUCUCUCGAUGUAUCCCAGUUCAGACCAGAAGAGCUGAAAGUAAAUUUGGAUGGAAGAAGAUUGACCGUUGAAGGGAAGCAAGAGCGUAAGGAUGACCACAGUUUCAUAGCUAGAUCAUUUGUUCGCUCUUGGACACUUCCUGAUGAGGCAAAUGUGGACGCACUUCGAACCGAACUCAACGACAAAGGCCAGCUUACCAUUGAAGCACCAAAAACAGCUCUACCUUUCUUCCUUUAUCCAUCCGGGAUUAACAACGAAGAAGCGGAAGGAGACGGUGAUAUUCAGAGUUCGCUUUUAGAUGCUUUUCACUGCCGUCCUUCGCAGCUGUUCCCCGUUCGUCAGGUUGCUCGCGUUGUACCAGGUAGUUGCUGGGCACUGGGCUCAUCAUCAGCUGGUUCAUUUGUCACGCGAUUGGUCUCGUCACAGUUCAAUGUCCAGUACUCAAGCAAUCUCAGCUAUUGGGGAUUAAACAUGACAGAAACGGGAAACGACGAUGAAACUCAGAGGAGAUUUUCCGACGUUAGUCAGCUGAGAAGUUCAGCUGAGGUCAACGGAGCACCUUCAUUCGCCAGCACUUGCGUCUCAGUGAUGAUGAUCUCCCAAGAUAUCCGCUUCACUGGAGAACAGCAACAACAGCUACAGCGACAGCUAGCUGACAAAAUCACCAACUAUGCGUCAAUCGAUGAAAUCCGAACUUUGCUCAUCUGCGGAGCUCAGCCGGAUGGAGAGGUCACCCAUGGACUAACUCCGUUGCAUUACGCUUGCUUCAUAAAUAACGUCGGUGCUGCGAAACUUCUUCUCACUAAAGGAGCUAAGGUUGACGCUGUGGACGAAGUGGGUUGUUCUGCACUUCAUCUUUGCGCCGAGCACGGUUAUUACAGAAUGAUCAAGUUAUUGCUUCAGUACACUCAUGUUGUACAUCAGUAUGAAACACCAGUUAUGGAGACAAAUGGUAAAUACCCAAGCCGUGAAAACAUCGAUGAACCUCUCCGUUUGGCUAUCAAGAAUGGUCAUUAUGAAUGUGCGAAGCUUCUGCUAGAGAAUGGUGCCAACCCAAAUGCCAUCUAUUUUGAUGGGCCAGAGAUCACAAAUGUCAGCCCUCUCGAUACCAACUUCAUCGAACUUCUGCUCGAAUACGGGGCUGAUCCAAAUGUCUUUGAUCGGAAAGGUCUUACACCAAUAAUGAAGGCAUGUAGACUGAAGGAAAAUGGAAUUGAGGCGAUCAGAAUAUUGCACAAGUAUGGUGGAGACGUUAAUGCACAAGCUGAUGCUCGCCAAGAUAUGCGGACUCCAAUGCAUUAUGCAUUGCUUAGCGGAAGUGCUGAAUUAGUGAAGUUUUUAAUUGGAUUGGGAGCGAAAGUCAACAUGCCGAAAGAUUACAAUAAACCAUCCAUAAUUGAUAUUGGAGUACUUAAAGAUGAUCCAGAACUUCUAAAGAUUAUCAUCGAUGCUGGAGCUGAUGUGAAUGCUGUGCAUACAUACAUAGGUUCUGCAUUGCAUCUAGCCGCCUGUUCAGUCCUUGAACAUCAGUACGAAAUACUUCGUCUCCUUCUCGAAGCUGGUGCUGAUCCAAACAUCCAGCAUAAGUUCCCUGAUGGAUCACAGCUGAAAAGUCCUUUUGUGGAGUAUUUCCGCUCUCGAGAUGUGGUUGAUCCUCGUGUUGUUCAUCUUCUUCUGGCCUAUGGAGGGAAAGUUGUGAUGCGUAGUCCAAUUAGUGACACUAGAGGACAGCUGAGGAACGUCUUGCGACUGGCAGCUACCCGAGACCAGCCGCAGUUCCAGGUUCUGAGUUCCAUGCUCGAGCUUGGAGAAGAAUUUGACGUCGGUGCAAUUGUUCGCCUACCUCUACCAUUGGCACUCAAAGGAAACAUUUUGGAACGGGCAAAGAACCCAGCCUCGCUGCAGCAAAUCUGUCGCCUCAAGUUACGUUCCAGGAUUGCGCCCUUUCGGCCAGACACCGUAUCCCGCCUUCCUAUUCCUGCUCACAUGAAAGACUACCACACAGGCAUCAGAGGGCGCCCCCUCGUCAGCGUUGAAAACUACACAACCCACUGCGGUGAUGCUGAUGAAAAAAGCGCCAUAGGUACGAUUGCGCGAUCGCGGAGGACUCAAACUCUGAAUGCAGACGGUCAUUGUUGA